AAUAUGCGGGACCCGAUGACUCGGCAAAGUGCGGAGUUCAAUCUACACAGAGUUUCAUAGGUCGAGUCAUUCUUCAAACGGCGCCAUAGAUCUGUGAAGUGGAGAGGGUAUAAACUUUUAUUAAAUUAGGCUGAGAACACAGAGAAACAAUUCGGCGGGAUAUUUUAGGGAUGUAUUUAAUAUGAUGUUAUAAAGAAAGAAUUAAAAUUCAUCCAACUUAUCUGGCGUUAUCACAAUGCAGCUGCUUUUAUUCGCCGCGGCGUUUCUCUUUACGCACGACCUCACCGGAGCUGUGCGCUCUGACAAGUGCGCCUCCCGGUGCGAUGUGAGCUCGUGUCCGAGCCCCAGGUGCCCUGGCGGGUACGUCCCGGACAGAUGUAACUGCUGCCUGGUGUGUUCACCGCAGGAGGGAGACCCCUGUGGCCGUAAAAACGACCUGCCCUGCGGGGAUGGCCUGGAGUGCAAGCUGCUCGCCGUGGGAAGGCGGCGAGGCUCCAAGGGGGUCUGCCGGUGUAAGAUGGAGCAUCAAGUGUGUGGAAGCGACGGGAAAAUGUACGAGAACGUGUGUAAGAUGACAGCAGCCAGCCGCAAAGCUCAACAGAAGGGGAGACCAGGAGUUAGCCAAGCGCACAAAGGACCCUGUUCACCUUCAGACGCAGGUCUUUCCCUGGUCCGUCCCGGCAGCCCUCGCUAUAAGUUCAACUUCAUUGCUGACGUGGUGGAGAAAAUAGCACCUGCUGUUGUCCACAUUGAACUAUUCGUAAGACAUCAUCUGUUUGGUCACGUUCGUCUCUCCAGUGGCUCUGGUUUUAUUGUGACCCACUCAGGUAUGAUUGUGACCAAUGCUCACGUGGUAACCACAAGUUACAUGGCAGCAGGGAGGCCCCAGCUGCGCGUGCAGCUCCACGACGGCGACGCGUACGAGGCCGUGAUCAGAGAUGUAGACAGGAAGGCAGACAUCGCCACAAUCAAGGUCAAUCCUCAGCAGAAGAAGCUUCCUGUGCUGUCUCUGGGCCGUUCUGCUGAUCUAAGACCAGGGGAGUUUGUGGUUGCUAUUGGCAGUCCUUUCGCCCUGCAGAACACUGUCACCACCGGCAUCGUCAGCACUGCUCAGAGAGACGGAAAGGAGUUGGGCAUCAAGGACUCAGACAUGGACUACAUCCAGACUGAUGCUAUUAUUAACUAUGGAAAUUCUGGAGGACCUCUUGUUAACUUGGAUGGCGACGUGAUAGGCAUCAACACUCUGAAAGUGACAGCAGGCAUCUCCUUCGCCAUACCCUCAGACAGAAUCAGCCGCUUCCUCACAGAGUCACAGGCCAAACACAGCAAAGGUCAGGGCUCAGAGCAUGAGCAGCACAUAGAAAAGGCAAGACUGCAAAAAAAACUUACAGAGGAACCACAGUCUGAUGCAGAGUUGUCUGAAGGAAAGAGACGUUUUUUAGGCAUCAGGAUGAUCACUGUCACCAAAACACUCGUAGCAGACUUGAAACGUCAGAAUCCAGAAUUUCCUGACGUCAGCAGUGGAGUUUUGGUGCAACAGGUCAUACAAGACAGUGCAGCACAAAAUGGAGGGAUUAAGGAAGGUGACGUUAUAGUUAAAUUAAACGGACAGCCAGUCCAGACCACUGCGGACAUCCACAAGGUGCUACGACGUGAUCAGCCUCUCCUGCUUGAGAUUCGUCGAGGCAAUGAUGAUUUACUGUUCAACAUAAACCCUCAAGUCAUUGCACACUGAAGAAAGGGCAGUUUAUUUGAAGUGCGAACAAAUGGGGCAUUAAACUGUUAUGAUCAAGCCAUAUACGGCAAUAUAAACUGAUCUGAAGUGUUUGAAGUUCCCAGUCUGAUGAUGUAUAUUUUGUUUGAUGGAUUUUGAUAAGCUGAACUUUAGGGAUGUGUUUUAUUAUACAGUCCGUUUUGAUAAACAUAAUAGUUUAGUGCAAUACUCCAGAUAUAUUGCACUAUAUAUCAUAUGAAGCUCAAAGAAUUUCAGAAUAAAAGCGUCCA